AUGAGUAGCUGCUUGUAUCAUCAAAACUAUUAAAGAUGCUAGUAAGAAAAUCAAAUUGAAGACUACAAAGAUAGUAGAGUUAACUUAAAAAUGAAUAACCUAAAGCCAAAUUCUAUGCCUGUUUGCCAAGAUAGAAUCAUUAAUAGUAAUCUGAAAAGCUAUUAAAGAGCAAAGAGAUGUGUUAGCUUUAUGUAACAGCAAAAAAAUGAAAUAAAAUAUGUCCGUGAGUUCAAUCAAGAUUAACCGAUUUCUAAAAUGCGCAUUAAUUCACGAAAAUCCUCCCCAAAAAAACUCACUAUAUCAGAAAUGGUAAAGAAUCAUCUGAAAAAAAGAGGGAAAUCUGCAAUAAGAACGCUAGCUCACCCUUCGGAUCUCGCUUAAAUGGAUGAGUCUUAUCCAUCGUUUCUAAUGAAUAAUAAAAAAAAGUAGCUAGGUAUUUAAUAUAAUAUGGAGUAAAUUCCUAGAAAAUUAAGUAGUAUGCUUACAAAUUAAAAUUUCAGUUUGGAUAAGAGAAAUACUGUGACAACAACCUAUUCUAAUAAUAGAUAUCAAUCUAAUGAAAGAAUAGACCUAGAGGAUAAUACACCAUCAAAUUAAGACUCAUAAUUAGAUUAUUAAAAUCAAUAUUUUGAGAUAGAAGCCCCGAAAACUCCUGUUCUAAUUUAGCAGAAAGAGAAAUUAAUAAGAUUUCCUUAUUUCAACAAUGAUUCAUUCAGUUUAAUUAAUGGAAUCAGAGAAACUAAGAAAGAACAGGAAUUGAGAGAAAAGACUUAGUAAUUUUAGCAGAAAUCUGGAUUUAAAAAUAUAUGA